CUGGGCUCGCUGCCGACGCGGCUGGGCGCACAGCGGUCCCGCAGCGGUUCCAGCUGAAGUGGCAUCGGUCUUUCGCCACCCCCUGUUCCUGGGUCUCUAUCCUUGAAGACCGUCCUCGACUUUAUCUUUACCCUUACCCGUUUAUCCUCCUACUCCAGGCAUCACGGCCCCCGGCAUCUGAAUACCCACCACUCCCGGCCCCCCCCCCCCCCUCUACCACCACGGUUUUCCUUUCCCGCCGCAAACCCCGCGACCUCCAGCAGCCCGCCCCCGCGGGCCCGAUCCCAUUUGGCGGCUCUAGCUGCAGCCUCUUCCAGCCUUCCCGCUCUCCCAGGGAUCGCGCUACUACCACACCGUGUCUGCCCUCGGACUUCCCCGCUCCCUCCUCCCGCUCCCUCGGAGCCCCCUCCCCCGCCCUGGCCAGCCGGCAUGCAGGUGUCUAUCGCAUGUACCGAGCAGAACCUUCGCAGCCGGAGCAGUGAGGACCGUCUGUGCGGACCCCGGCCGGGUCCUGGGGGCGGUAAUGGAGGGUCAGUGGGCGGUGGGCACGGGAACCCUCCCGGGGGUGGAGGAUCGGGCUCCAAGUCAAGAGCUGCACUGGUCCCCCGGCCCCCAGCACCCGCUGGGGCCCUUCGAGAGAGCACCGGCCGAGGCACUGGCAUGAAAUACAGGAACCUAGGAAAGUCUGGACUCCGGGUGUCCUGUCUUGGCCUUGGUACCUGGGUCACAUUUGGCUCUCAGAUCUCAGAUGAGACAGCAGAAGACAUACUGACAGUAGCCUAUGAGCAAGGUGUAAACCUGUUUGACACUGCGGAAGUGUACGCGGCAGGAAAGGCUGAAAGAACCCUAGGCAACAUCCUCAAGAACAAAGGUUGGAGGAGAUCGAGCUAUGUUAUCACCACCAAGAUAUUUUGGGGAGGACAAGCAGAAACUGAGCGAGGCCUGAGUCGCAAACACAUCAUCGAAGGCUUGCAAGGAUCCCUGGACCGCCUCCAGCUGGAAUAUGUCGACAUAGUCUUCGCCAAUCGUUCAGACCCUAACAGUCCCAUGGAGGAGGUUGUGAGAGCCAUGACCUAUGUCAUCAACCAGGGCCUGGCCCUAUACUGGGGGACAUCGAGAUGGAGCGCUGCAGAAAUCAUGGAGGCCUACGCCAUGGCCAGGCAGUUCAACCUGAUCCCUCCGGUGUGUGAGCAAGCGGAGAACCACUUCUUCCAGAGGGAGAAGGUGGAAACCCAGCUGCCUGAGCUCUACCACAAGAUUGGUGUUGGCUCGGUCACUUGGUCUCCCCUGGCGUGUGGCCUCAUUACCAGCAAGUACGAUGGGCGAGUUCCGGAUACUUGCAAGGCCACUGUCAAGGGGUACCAGUGGCUCAAGGAAAAAGUGCAGGUUGAAGAUGGCAAGAAGCAACAAGCCAGAGUCAUGGACCUUCUCCCGACUGCUCAGCAGCUAGGCUGCACUGUGGCCCAGCUUGCUACAGCCUGGUGUCUCCGAAGUGAGGGCGUCAGCUCAGUCCUGCUAGGGGUGUCCAGUGCAGAGCAGCUGCUGGAACAUCUGGGCUCCCUCCAGGUGCUGAGUCAGCUGACGCCGCAAACGGUGAUGGAGAUAGAUGCGCUCUUGGGGAACAAGCCGCAUUCCAAGAAAUAGUCCGUUGGGGGCGCGGGGAUCCGGCGCGGAGUGAUUGCACCUGCCAGAAAACGACCUUCCUGCAAUCAGCCCUGCCUUCUA